GCGUCGAGCCGCCGAAUGUAAAUAACACGUCAACCGCAGUUUUUAUUGAACACUUAUCCCACAAAACGAAAAAUUUUCUUGAAAAAUCAGUUUACUAGCCAGAAGGAAAUGUCCCAAGAAAACGGCUCCAACAAGAAACGACGGUUGUCCUUGGAAAACCAUUUGGCAAGUACCGAAUCGGAAGGUAGCAGCCAUUCAGCUGCGGAUCCCAAUCGCCGGGUGGCGUUGAUUACCGGUAUCACCGGGCAGGAUGGAUCCUACUUGGCGGAAUUUCUGCUGAAGAAGGAUUACGAAGUGCAUGGAAUCAUACGACGGGCCAGCACGUUCAACACUUCGCGGAUUGAACACCUGUAUGCCGACCCGCAUAGCCACAAACAGGGCAAAAUGAAGCUCCAUUAUGGUGACAUGACCGACAGCAGUUGUCUGGUGAAAAUAAUAUCCAGUGUACGCCCGUCGGAGAUUUACAACCUGGCCGCGCAGAGCCACGUGAAAGUGUCGUUCGAUUUGAGUGAGUACACGGCGGAGGUGGAUGCGGUGGGGACGUUGCGACUGCUGGAUGCCAUCAGGACUUGCGGGCUGGAGAAAUGCGUGCGGUUCUACCAGGCCAGUACAUCGGAACUGUACGGAAAAGUCGUGGAAACGCCUCAGAAUGAGAAGACACCGUUCUAUCCGCGAUCUCCGUAUGCCUGUGCCAAGAUGUACGGCUACUGGAUUGUGAUCAACUAUCGGGAAGCAUACGGGAUAUUUGCCUGCAAUGGGAUCCUGUUCAACCACGAGUCGCCCCGGCGAGGUGAGAAUUUUGUGACGAGGAAAGUAACCCGGUCGGUGGCGAAAAUUUCGCUCAAUCAAAUGGAAUGCUUGGAACUGGGAAAUCUGGACUCCAAGCGAGACUGGGGUCACGCACAAGAUUACGUGGAGGCUAUGUGGAUGAUGCUACAGCAGCCGGAACCGCAGGAUUACGUGAUUGCUACGGGCGAGUGUCACUCGGUAAGGGAAUUCGUUGAGGAAUCCUUCAAGCACAUUGGGCGCGAAAUCGAGUGGCGAGGAUCCGGAGUGGAGGAAGUGGGAGUGGAAAAGGGAACCGAUACCGUUCGAGUUCGGAUCAAUCCCAAGUUCUUCCGGCCAACGGAGGUGGAUUUGCUGCUCGGUGAUGCCAGCAAAGCGAAGCGGGAACUGGGUUGGUCGCCGAAGGUGUCGUUUCUGCAGCUGGUUGCCGACAUGAUGGUGGCCGAUAUUGAGCUGAUGAAGAAGAAUCCAAAUGCUUAAGGUACUUUUAGAGAAAAGUAUUGCCGCGUUGCAUUAUUCUCUGGGUUGCGGUGCAACCCUAUAAUUAUAUGGACCUUUUAAAUGUAGACAUUCCUUGUGCAAAGUUUAAAGAAAAUAUUAUUUCAUCUAACUAUCCAA